UCGCCCCUAAAUUUUGUAUUAUCCAUAAUCCGCUUACUUCUGUCUUCAACUCUGUAGAAUCUUCGAGCUCUGUGGAGUAUACAAUAAGGAGUUCGGAUUGAUUGGAUUGGAGGAAGGAGAAGAUGAAGAAUUCCGUUUCGGAACAGAGUUUCUUGUAUGAGAGUGAAGAAGAGGAGGAUCAGGAAAAUGUAGUGAAUAAAGGUGAAGAAGGCGCUGGAAACGAUUCGGAUUCUUCCGAUUUUUCGACUGAAAAUCGGAGACGGAGCAAACCUAAUUCCUACACCACCACUUGGCCUCAAAGUUACAGACAGUCGAUGGAUAUGCUGGGAAGUGUGCCAUCGCCUAACAUUGGGAUUUUGGGGAAUUCAUCCUUAACGAGAUGGGGAAGCUCGUUCCUAUCCUCUUCUUUAACGAGGAGGCACACUCCUGAGUCGUUAACUUCGGCAACUAAACCGCUGCUGCCCACGGUGGACGACGAGAAGCAAGAAGAGCAGCAGCAGCAGCCACCGCCACACCAACGACUUAGCUCUCACUCUCUGAUUCUACCCUUCACUUCAAGGAGGCCAUCCAUAAGGAAAGAUGACAAACCUUCCAAAGUUUCACAUGAGUUCCCCACUUCUCGCCGAAGCACAUUCAGUCAAGCUAUGCUUAAUGGUGGGAAUGUGCUGUGUGGUGUUGGAAUACUAACGACGCCGUAUGCAGCGAAAGAGGGCGGAUGGCUUGGACUGUCCAUUCUGCUCAUAUUCGCUGUGCUGUGUUACUACACCGGACUCCUCCUGCGGGACUGCUUAGAAAGUAAGCCGGAGCUCGAAACUUACCCAGACAUUGGCCAAGCAGCCUUCGGCACCACCGGUCGAGUCGCCAUCUCGAUAAUAUUGUACCUGGAAUUAUACGCUUCUUGUAUUGAGUACAUAAUCUUGGAGAGUGAUAACUUGUCUUCUCUAUUUCCAAAUGCCUACUUAAAUUUGGGUGGAUAUGAGUUAAAUCCACACCUCUUAUUUGCUCUGAUGACUACAAUUGCUGUUCUUCCUACUGUUUGGCUCCGGGACCUAACCAUUCUUAGCUACAUCUCUGCUGGUGGAGUUAUCGCAUCAAUAUUGGUGGUCCUAUGCUUGUUCUGGAUUGGUUUGGUGGAUGGUAUCGGUUUCCAAGGCAAGGAGACAACGACGUUACUGAAUCCUACAACACUUCCUAUUGCUAUUGGUCUGUAUGGCUUCUGCUAUUCUGGACACGCUGUUUUCCCCAACAUUUAUAGUUCAAUGGCGAAACCAAGUCAAUUCCCUGCAGUGCUCUUAACAUGUUUUGUUACUUGUACUUUGAUGUACGCUGGAGUUGCUUUUAUGGGAUAUUCAAUGUUUGGAGAAUCGACACUGUCACAGUUCACUCUUAACUUGCCAAAUAACUUGGUUGCAUCAAAGAUUGCCGUCUGGACUACGGUGGUUAACCCAUUUACCAAAUAUGCGUUAACGUUGACUCCAAUUGCAAUGAGCCUGGAGGAGCUGAUACCAUCAAAUCAUUCCCAGUUCUUUAUAUUCUCAAUCCUUAUUAGAACAGCUCUUGUCAUCUCUACCUUGGUUGUGGGUCUCUGCAUUCCUUUCUUUGGCCUGAUUUUGUCGUUGAUCGGAUCACUAUUGACCAUGCUUAUUAGUUUGGUGCUUCCUUGUGCUUGUUUCUUGAGCAUCCUAAAAGGGAAAGUAACACGUUUUCAGGGAGUAACGUGUGGCAUAAUAAUCACAGUAGGGCUCAUAGCGGCAGGCUUUGGAACAUAUUCUUCCUUAACAAAAAUCAUUCAGAACUUGAUGAGCUGAGAAAUUCUGCUUGCAUUUAUUUUUAUUUUUUUGUUAUUUUUUCAGUUCCAAUUUUUACUUUAUUUUUCUUGGGUUUGUUUUGCAAUUUCUUUUUCUUUGAUGAAUAUUAUGAUUCCUGAGGACCCGUUUGGUUGAAAAAGGGUUUCAAUAGAAUGAUUAUAGAUAUUUACGUGUUCGUCUUCU